AUGAGCGCUCCGGUCUCGUCGCCUCCGCGCGCGUCAGCGCCUCAGAGCACGCGCAUGACCGCGUCCGGUGCUCCGUCUUCAUCGGCAGCUGCGUCUCCGUCUUCUCCGCUUCGCAACGGCCUCAAGAGCGACGCAGAAGACGUCGUGGGUCAAGAACUCAUCCAAUGGCUCGAAGCCAAUGCGGCGGAUUCCAAGAAACUCGUUCUAAAAGAGUACGCGCCGGAAGUUCGCGGCGUCCAUAGCCGCAAAGUGCUCGUGCCGGGCGAGCGCAUCCUCGUGAUCCCCAAGAAGUGCCUCAUAACGGUCGAAAUGGGCAAACAGACGGCCAUUGGGCGCGAAUUACUCGCUCGGAACGUGGAGUUUGUCGCGCCAAAGCACAUUUACCUUUUGCUGUUCCUCCUCACGGAUAUGGAGCGCCUGGAGACGUCGUUUUUUCGCAAUUACUACAGCACUUUGCCCCGUACGCUGCGAAACAUGCCCAUCUUUUGGUCGGACGAAGAGCUCCAGUGGCUCAAAGGCUCGUACAUUAUCCAGCAAAUCCAAGAGCGCAAAGCUGCGAUCCGGAAAGACUAUGACGUCAUUUGCCGCGUCGACCCGUCGUUCGCUCGGUUCUCGCUCGACCGCUUUAGCUGGGCCCGGAUGAUCGUGUGCAGUCGCAACUUUGGCUUGACCAUUGAUGGCGUCAAGACCGCGGCGCUCGUGCCGUUUGCAGACAUGCUGAACCACUACCGGCCACGCGAAACGAGCUGGACGUUUGAUCAGAGCAUCGAUGCGUUCACGAUCACGUCGCUCGGCACGAUUGGGGCUGGGGCACAAGUGUAUGACUCGUACGGCAAAAAGUGCAACCACCGCUUUUUGCUCAACUAUGGCUUUGCCGUCGAGGACAAUACCGAAGAAGACGGACGUAACCCGAACGAGGUGCUGAUUGAUUUCCAGCUCUCGCCUGCAGAUGGACAGCUUUUCUACGACAAGCGAGCAUACCUCCACGAGAGCGGCAUUUUUACGAUGGACGCACGUCUGAGCUGCUCGCAUUCGGAUGCCAAUACGCGCGAAGGCUUUAGUUUUGCGCGCUUGAUUGUUGCUACGGAGGAGGAGUUCUCAUUGAUGAAGAGGAAGAGCCCAGCGCACUCGUCGCCGCCUAUAUCGUUUGAGAAUGAAAUCCGCGUGCUCCAGUACUUGCGCACGCUGAUGACCCAUCAACUUGGUCUCUACGACACUACUAUCGAAGAGGACAACGAGCUGCUAGCAUCAAAGCAGCAUCCGCUGUUCUCGAACCGCAUUCAGGCUCUGUUCUUCAUUCGCGGUGAGAAACAGGUGUGCCGAUAUUUCCAGGAGCUAGCAGACAAAGUCAUUCCGCUGUUCAGCCUACCACUGACAGAAUGUCGCGAGGAAUUGCAGCGCAGUUUCGAUGGUGAUAGUGAUGUCGACCGCUACGCGCAAGACGUGAUUGCGUAUUUAGUCACGCAAGUUUACCGCGAAAGCUAG